GCCCGUUGAAGGGAAGCUGCGAGUGAGUGUAACGAGGUUCUCCUUCCGCUGUCCGUAUGUGCAGAGAGCAGUCUGAUAUCGCUGGGAGGAAAAUGUCGUGUGGGCUGUGGAAAGAGACCCUGGCUCUGGCAGAGGACUACCUGUCUCUGUGCUGCACAAGCCCCCGGCCGGCCCCUCCACCUCCCAGCGAGUCAGCGGCUGCCAUGAGGCGCCUGGCCCAGGACAUGGAGACGCAGCACCAGGCUCGCUUCCACUCGCUCGCUCAGACAUUCCUGAGACAGUGCGGGCCGGACACCUGCUCCAGCCUCAGGAAGGUGAUGGAGGAGCUGGUGGGAGACGGACACUUUAACUGGGGGAGGGUUGUUUCCCUUUUCACCUUUACCGGGGUGCUGGCCAGACAGCUGCUUGAGCAGAAGGGCACAAACCCAGGGCUGGUCCCUGGGCAGGGGCAGGGGCAGGAACUGGGACAGGGGCCUGGAAACUGCAGGGGACUGGCAGAGACCAUAGCUGAUUACCUGGGAGAGGAGAAGAAAGACUGGCUGCUGGAGAAUGAUGGCUGGGAGGGGUUCUGUAAGUUCUCCCGCAGUGCCAGAGAGGUGAGUCAGGACUCGUCCAUGAAGACGGCGCUUUUUGCAGCUGCUGGUGUGGGUCUCGCUGGACUCACCUUCCUCCUGGUGCGCUAGCUAGCCUUCUAUGUCAUUAACACAUCCUCAUCCAUGUUCUCCUUUCAUUUGACACAAUUAAGUAGACAUUUGAAUUAUAACAUCAUGCUGCAAAAACAGGCUUAAUCUGUAGUGAAUUCAGGGUUGUAAUUUCAAGUCAUCAAAUGAAUGUUUGCACAUACUCAACCCCCCCCCCCCCCACACACACACACACACACGCGCACACACGCCGACAUUUUGUCACUUGCUCCUUAAGAUUGUAAAAAUUAUUUCAAUGCCUUCAGAAAUUUUGGAGUAGGUGGCAUCAGUUUGCAUAUCUUAGACAGGUUAAUUACUAAAGCACAGGUUUCCAAGUUUGUAUUUUCAGCUGCGCAGCUAAAAAGACUUCAUUUCAAUUUUCCCACCGCUUCUGGUUUUGAUUUUGAAAAUUGUCAGCUGCCUUUUUAUUCACGUGUUUACCUGAGUUGUGUAUGUGGUAUAAUGCCAUUCUAGUGUACAAUGUAUAAAUUAAUAUAUUAUAUUUAUAUGAAAUCAAACUGUAACUGUGGCCCUUUUUUCUAACAGCACAUCCACAGCAAAUUCAGUUGUUUCAUUGUUUUCAAAUCUGUCCUUCAUUCAUGUGAAAUGUCUGUGAUUUACAUGGGUCAGCAGAGCUGAGUACAGCCCUGAUGACGACAACGGUGCUAUGAUAUGUUGUGAAAUCAGUCUAACAAACCAGGGACCAAUCUGACGUCAAACAUAUUGCAAUUAGAACAAACCGUUGCUCUGGCAUUUCCCCCCACAGAUCUCAAACGUUAUAUUUUUACAUUGUUUUAUUCUAUUUAUUUGUCACUGUUUUGUUUUUUUUAAUAAAAAAGAUGCAACCAUGAA